GUUUUGUCCGUGCGGACACAAUAAAAAACAUGUCUGUGUGGAGGUGAUUGCAGUGGCGACGACGCCUCUUGAAAUAUCGCGUUUUUGUGGAAACAGGUGACCAUGAGUGACACACGGGAUCGUCAGUACAGAGCUACGAGACUGUGGAACAGCGUCAUCAGGUCCUUCCGCGAUGGCAUGCCCAAGGGUAAACACAGACGGCACAUGAGGACGUUUGACAACUGUUUCGUGGCCAGCGAUGCAAUAUCGUGGCUUCAUGAACAUUUGCAGGGAGACCCCAACUUUGGACCCGCUGUUACCAGGCACCAAACGACCCAGCUUCUGCAGAAAUUCUUGGAGAACAGGAUUAUAGAGGCCGUGAAAAGUGGCAAACCGAGGGUUAUUCAAGAUGACAAGCAGCUGUACAGGUUCACUGUCUAUUCCCCUGUCAAGACUCCGCCCUCUGCAAAGUUCCCGCCAAAGGCAGGAAGCGGACGGACACCUCUGUUGGCCCGAGAGAACAGGCCAAACUUUCCUCCCGAGGCUCACCGUGUGUCAGCCAAAGCCCUGGCAUUCCUGUUUGGGGCCAAGCCGGAUGCUAAUCGGCCACUAGCUGCUGAAGUCGUCAAGGACCCAUCCAAAAACUCGAAAGAACCAGAUGCCGGACUAGUGACUCGGGAGGAAGUUCAAGGCAUCUGGGAAUCGGUAGUUGUGGCAAGGUUAAGGUGCCUCAUUGGAGAGGAAGCCACAGAUGGAAACUUGAAUGGUUUCCACAUUUCGGGAGCACACGUUCUGCACAACAUGUACCGACUUAGUCGCAACGGUGUUGUGAUUCUUCUUGACAAGUCUGAUGACCUGCCCAAGUGGAUAAUCAAUGCAAUGAAGUGUCUCAUCCACUGGCCUCGAGCUUCAGGUGCAGGAAGCUGCCUGCCCAAUUACCCAGGCUUUGAGUUGGACGUGUUGAAGGUGGUCAGCGAAUUCUUCAGUGGCCUUGGAACCGCUUUGGUCCCUCAUCCUAUCCUGAGGCUGUUCUAUCAUGCUUUUGGUCCGCUCACAGAAAGCUGCAAGGUCCCAGAGGAGCCACCGACCCCUGACGCAUCGGUCGAAAACCUUCUCCACAGCAUGUCAAUCUUGGCCCAGCCAGUCGAAGCGACGGCGAAGUCUCAGGAGUUGACCAAGCCAAGUCUUCAGCCGUCUCUGUCCGGCCGACAUUUGGUUUAUCGCACCGCCUUUGAAUCGGCAGACCCUGUGACGGUCCUCGUAGAGUCGCAGGGCUCCGUGGGUUCGGUGGAGCGUGCGUUUGCCUUGAGUGCCGAAACAGCCAGUACCAUAAGCUCGUGCAGCGGCGGCUUCGCUCGACCGUUGUCCCCGCCCUACAGUGACAUUUACAGCGACGUCUAUAACCUGGCCUGCAGUGGCAGUGUGGCCGGCUUCAGCAGCGGCUUCGACACUGACAAGAAGCCCAUCGGAGUGCCGCGAAGUUCGUCCGUCGAAGAUUUGAGAGAUGCGAGGCACUUCACUCACGCGACAAUGUCGGCACCCAAGGAGGCGUUGGUGCGGAGCACGGCAUCCCUAAAUGUCGACGGGUUCUUGACGUUGAGGCAAAUCAAAAGAGAGCAAGAAGCCAGGAGAGGUAACAUGCUAGUCGGGGAGGGGUACGUGAACCUAGGGUACGGAUCUAGUGGCAACUUGACCAAUGACUGGCAGGUGGCGCUGCAGCGUUCGGCUGGAAGUGUGUCCUACACAACGGCGCCGACUCAAGUCAGUGUGGCGUCCUCUCGAGACGCCAGCUUUGUGUCGGCUAGUGACAGUGUGACGUGCAUACGUUACUCUAGGUCGAAUCCUAGUUGCGAGAGCUUGCCGGUCCUGGCGCACUCCACUCCCGCAGAGACGGGAAAGACUGCGGGUCCGUUCUACGCAAACAUCUCUUCGUUGCGGCCGAGAGAAAAUGCUGAAGACUUGCGGCGGGCAGUGAAGGUGAUGCAGGUGGCAUCGCUUCUGCUUCCGCCCUGCAGACGGCGAUACCUGCACUUGCUGCUGCGUUUCAUCUACAAGACAUCGAGGAACCAAGUGCUCACCCUAAGCCCCCAUCAUAGCAACAUGAGCGUGUUGCUGAACACCUUUGCGUGCAUUCUGAUGAGCACCGACGGCAGCUGCUUGGAAGCCACCCCCGACGCAGCCCAGGAGCUCCUCGCUUUCCUCGUGAAGCACUGCGACCGCAUCUUUGCUCCUCCGCGGGAACUUCACCUGGAGGUUGAGGCGCGGCUCACCAUUCUGCGGAGGGAGCGGGGCAACAAGGUGACGACUUACUGCCAGCAGGUGACGCGUGAGCAGUUCGAGGCGCAGAAGCGGACACUCUCCGAGCAAGCCCUGAUGGACCUCUUCGACGACAUCCUCCGCGACCCGAGGAUAUCGGACAAGGAACGCAACACAAGGAUGAAGCAGUUUCGGCAAAAUUAUCCUGACAUCUACAACAAGAAGACGUGCGAUGAGACUGUUGUUCCAGUGACUUUCAAGAGGAACAGUCGUUCAAGAGCCACUGUGAUUGGCUUGCUUAGGAGUCUGAGAUUGUGAUUUAACCUAGAAUACGAUCUGAAUUGACACACACGGGUGCUUGAACAAAUCGCUUCACCGAUUGUUCGUUUUUUACCACAUACAGUGCCAUUGAACUUGUGUAUUGUAAUACGCAGUUCUACGCACGUACCCGAAAUUUCGGUUUGUAGAGUUUUGUGCUUGGAUGUGUAAAAUAUUCUUUCAAAGUAAGGAACAAUUCAGGCUAAAACCCGGCUGGGACCGUGUGGUGCUGAGCAUAAGGUGUGAUUUUGGUUGCUUUCACGUUUUUGUUGUAAUAUAUGUGUAUUAUAUGGGAAAGUUAUCCGAAGUGCAUUAGUUCACAACUGUGUUUCAUUCUUCGCGUAUUCAACGUAUAAGCGUGGAUGAAAUGGAGGGCUUACACUUAAGUAACAGUGACGCUAUCUAAGUGCAACAAAAAUUGCAAUUGUCUUCAAUAUCUACUUCUCAAUGCUCUUCCCACAACUGUAAAGAACAAACUGAUGUAUGUGUGUGAGUGUCUGCUUAUCGAGAACUUACAGUGCUGGUCUAGUGUUGUCCUUGUCUUAAUCGGUACAUUCGCUUGUUCAUUACUGUUUGCUGACCAUAGCUGUAAAGGCAUUUGAGGUGUCGUGACCUAUGAUGAUGUUGCUUUUGAAACCACAGUAUUGCUGCUAUUUUACAUGACCGCUACACACAUGUUUGCCGCACAUAGUGAACUCAGGGAUUUUGCAUGCAUUCUGAGAGACAGAGUCAUUUUUACUUUAUGUAUUUUCAAUGCAAACACUGUUCUGGUAGCCUUCCCUGCCAAAGAUCUGUUGGAUGUGCCAUAUGCUCAAUGAACUACUUAUGGUUGAUGGCCAUGUAUCUUUCUUACAUUAUGUUAUUUAAAAGUAUUAACGCGAAACUCUGCGGUGCUACAAGAAAGGCGUUUUGAGCUUUUUUGACGACCUGCAAUUUCCUACAGUCAAGGUCAACUACACUUGUAUGUGAUCAUGCUGCAAAUGAAGCACUAGUCGCAUAUGUACAAUUUUAGGUUUUAUUACAGAGCACUUUUAUCUGUCAUUAUUUGAUCAUUUUUCAGUUGUACCUGCUUAGUUUGUUUUGUGCUGUUGUAUUGCAAAUUGUAUUGGAAUGCACAUGAAAAUAAA